CUGUUUCCCUACACAGGAAAAGUCCAUAGAAUUCAAAAGGGUUUAAUUUGUGAAGAGAACUGAGAACAAACGUAAGAAUGGCUGCUGAAGAUGAUUGGCAAACGAAACUUCCCACUGUCAUCGAAAGAACUGCGUUCAUUUUUAACAACGAGUUACUGAGUGAUGUGAAGUUUGUCGUUCCAGUGUCGACUGGUGAAAGCGAAAGUAAGAAGGUGAUUCCAGCUCACAAGUUUGUUCUCGCAAUCAGUAGUCCUGUGUUCUUCGCCAUGUUCUAUGGUCAAAUGGCGGAAACUAAAGACUCUAUUGAACUGCCCGACUGUGAGUACGAGAGUCUGUUGGAGCUGUUUCGUUUCUUGUACAGCGACAAAGUGAAUUUAAGCGGAAGUAAUGUAAUGCAAGUGUUGUACUUAGCGAACAAAUACAUGCUGCCUUCGCUAACCGAGAAAUGCACAGGGUAUCUUCGUGGCAACCUGAAGGCCUCGAACGUGUUUUGUAUUUUGCCGUACGCUCAGAAAUUUGAAGAUAAAGAUUUGGAAGAUCGAUGUUGGAAAGUAAUUGAGAAGCAGACCCAAGAAGCGAUGACGUCAGACGAAUUUCUUUCCGCUGAGCGAUCUGUUGUAGAAUCUGUUGUGAAAAAAGAAGUGUUGAAUGUAGAGGAAGUGGAACUGUUUAAAGCUGUUGAUCGCUGGGCCACAAAAGAAUGCGAAAGACAAGGGGUUACUUCCUAUGGAGGGACAAAGAGACGACUUCUUGGAGAAGAUAUUGUGAAAGGAAUACGUUUUCCUUUGAUACCACAGAAGGAUUUUGCAUCUGUCGUAUUCGAUUCUCGAAUCCUAAAUUUUGAAGAGGUCGGCGAUAUGAUAAAACACUACAAUGGUGUUUUAGCUACUCCUUUACCAUUCUUACAAGCCUGUAGAAUUGAUUCCACUACGUACCAGUGCUGCAGAUUUCAAACGUUUUGUGCGCCAGCGAGUUACUGGAAUUACACUGGGAAUGCUGAUUGUAUCAUUCUUACUGUCGAGAAGCCUGUUAAGGUUUACGGAGUUCAGCAUUUUGGCUCCGAAGGCAGGAAGUAUACAGUUACAACAGACAUUAUUGAUCCCAUAGACAACACUUCGCUUGUGAGUCGAGCAGGAAUUUAUGCUUCAGAAAAAAGCGAUACCCAUGGUUAUUACGGCUUUGAUGUAAUGUUCGAUCGUCCUGUUAAUUUGAAAGCAAAUAAAGAAUACAAGCUAAAGUCGCUCAUCGAGGGCCCUAAAUCGUGGUACGGUGAAGAUGGGCGAACAUUAGUGGAGUGCCAGGGAGUGCGAUUUACGUUUCGGAAAAUUAACAUUACUUAUAAUGGGACUAACGAAGUAAGAGGACAAUUUCCCGGAAUCUUUUUUUCAGUUUUCAAGUAGAGAUUCCAAGGUUACCCGAACCGUUCCUAUUAAUGUAGAGCCCAGUGAAGGUCUAAUAGGUCAGGUAGUAUUGGAUCAAUCUUCUUGGAUGACCAAGUGUACGCCUGUGAACUUUUUGACAAACACUGAUCAUGACUGAUAAAUACUACAAGUGAAAUAGCUAAGUGGACUCAAUCAAAGCUUACCCAGAACACUUGUUACAUGGGAUCCUCAAGAGUCAGUUAGAGAACCCAGUUGUGUAUAUAGAGAAUAAUAAGUUUGAUCAGUGCAGAAGAAGUUUCUGGUGGCUAAAUGUUGUUUUAUUCAAAUAAAUAUUUUGUAUGUUUUC